GUUUUGUUUGAAAGUGAGGACAUGCCUCGUACGGCCCCUUUAAAUGCCUCUUCAGAGUAGGAAAUAGUCCAGGUUCAGAUUCAGCACCUUCGUUUUGAAAUGAACAAGCUCGUUGCUGGGAUGGCUCUGCCACCUCCAGAUCCCCAGUUUGUGCUCAGAGGUACCAGUGCUGCCAUCCACACUCUGCACUUCUCCUGUGGAGGCCAAGAACCCGAUCCCCCUGUUCUGUUCUCUGGCUCUGAGAACGGGCUCAUCCACGUCUGGAACCUGAAAACACGCAGAGUGGACACAGCACUGGAUGGCCAUGGACGAAAAUCUGUCUACUGUGUGGAGACAAUGGGUGGCAAAGACAGGCUCCUCAGCCAGGGCCGGGACCAGAGGAUCUGCCUGUGGGAUUUAGCAGAGGGCCGGACCGCGGUGACGGACUCAGUGUGCACGGAGCACGUGGGAUUCUGCAGGUGCUCCCUGGUGCAGGUGGCCCAGGGACGCUGGCUGGUGGCCACGGCAGCCAAAGGCCUGCAGGAGGUUCAGGUUUUGGAGCUGCCAUCCAAGACGUCAGUCUGUACCUUGAAGCCAGAGGUGGGUGCCAAGCUGGGCAUGCCCAUGUGUCUGAAGUUAUGGCAGCUCAGCUGUGGUUCCCAACCCUUGCUUCUGGCUGGCUAUGAAGAUGGGUCAGUGGUCCUCUGGAAUGUGACAAUGGGAAAAGCGUUGAGCCAACUCAUUUGCCACCAGGAGCCAGUGAUGAGCCUGGACUUUGACUUGGAGAGGACCAAGGGGAUCUCGGGCUCAUCUGAAAAGGUGCUUCGCAUCUGGAGCCUCAAUGAGCAACAGAACCUCCAGGUUUACAAAACACACGAGCUUGUCAACGCUGGCAUAUCUGACAUCACCAUCCGUCCAGACAAGAAGAUUUUAGCAACAGCGGGGUGGGAUCAUCGCAUCAGGAUCUUUGGCUGGAAAAAGCUGAAGCCCUUAGCAGUGCUGGACUAUCACACAGCAACUGUGCACUGUGUGUCCUUCUCUGAGCACAGGGACCCCCGGGAGAGGCUGCUGGCAGCGGGCUCCAAGGAUCAGCGCAUCAGCCUCUGGUCACUGUACACCCAGAGCUGACACCUCUGCCCCUCAGGGACUGGGGCAGCCACUCCUGCCUCUGCAACUCAAACUGCACGGAGGGAACUCGUAGCAUCUUCUCCAGGCUGAAGGGAGAGUCCCAGGUUAAUUCCUAAUGCUGCCUGUUUAAGCUGCAAAUUUUGUUUUCCAGAGAGGGAUUUUUAAAAUCCAUAACAAGCAGAAAAAGGCCAGUCACAAACAAAGACACAGAACAAGUUGCUUUGGGUUCUGCUACAGGUUUUGCAAGAGCUUUUCUUUGGCAGGUUGCUGAAAUAACUUGUGCCAUUAUCUCUUGUGAAAAAGGGCUGGAAUCCCUCAAACUGUGGUGGGGGCAGAAUACAUCUGUUUGUAAGCCAUUUAUGUAUCCAAGAAUUUGAACCAGUGUAAAAUAUCAGUCUUUCUUGAAAAUUUAUACCCAUUAAACCACCUCCAGUGGUUUCUCAUUGUCAGUUACUUUUUCUUCCCUGUAACUGAAAGGCUAUCAGAACGACCUUGAUUUGUUCACACUUCUGUCAAGUUUCUAACUUAAACCAACAGCCAGGAAUGUGACUAGGGACGGCCUUUGGCACUUAUGAAUUUCAUUAUGUCUCCUGUCACCUCAAGCCUCACAAUUAAUCACAAGAAAGAAAGGGAAAAAUCUUCCCCUGCACUGCACUGCAAAGCUUUGUAAAGCCUUUUCCAGAGCAGUGCUAAAUCCUUCCCAUAGACCCACGAGCUGAAGGAUUUGAACUCAGCAAUCCAAUUAACACCCUUCUCCUUGGAGAGUUGGGGGUGAGUGUCAGCAUGGCAAGGCUGGGAUUCAGCCACACAACUCUCAGUAACAUUUAGGGGAAGUGCUGGGGUAAAUCCCUCCCCACACGGUGCAAAUGGCUCCGUUAACUUGUCAUCUCUACGG